AUGGCCUUUUUAAAGCUGCAGCAGCUCUGUGGUCCGGUCCUCUCUGGAGUGUCGUCCCGCGUCCCAGAGAUCAUGGCGGCCGGCACCCACUCCCCUGGAGGGCCCAAUGGCAUAAUCCGGAGUCAGUCCUUUGCAGGUUUCAGCACGCUACAAGAGAGACGCUCUCGGUGUAACUCCUUCAUGGGGAACUCUGCGGUGCAGAAGAAGCCCCAGUCCAAGCCAAAGAAGCCCCACCUGUCGGGACACAAGGGGGGCAGCAGUUCCAGAGACCCACAGCCCAAAAGACUGGAGGAGGUUUACAAUGCACUCAAACAAGGCCUCGAUGAGUAUCUGGAAGUUCAUCAAACAGAGCUGGACAAACUUAUGUCUCUGAUGAAGGACAUGAAGAGGAACUCUCGCCUGGGAGUGCUGUACGAUCUUGACAAGCAAAUCAAAACCAUUGAGAGGUACAUGCGACGUCUGGAGUUUCACAUGAGCAAG